AUGGAAUCUAUCCCCGUUAUUCCCCUUGCGGCUGGCGCAGGUGUACUUCUUCUUUUGGCCUAUGCACUAACCAACCCUUCUGCAAAAUCACUUGCCCUUUUUGCCUACAACUGUUUCCUCAAACCCAUCUCCAAGUCCUCUUCAAACCAGCAGGUCGCCCUCGAAAGCUUUUAUAAAGGCCAGGCCCAAGUCUACGACCGCACUCGCAGCAAGCUACUCAAGGGCCGGGAGCUCAUGUUGCAGCUGUGCAGUGCACACUCUAAAAAAAUCCAAAACCUCGUCUGGGUCGACAUUGGCGGUGGCACCGGCUGGAACAUUGAACAAAUGAAUGAGUACAGACCUAUUUCUUCCUUCAAGGCUGUCUACUUGGUCGACUUAUCCCCCUCGUUGUGUGAGGUGGCCAAGGAUCGCUUCAAGCGCCGCGGAUGGAAAAACGUCCACGUCCUGUGUAUCGAUGCUAAUGACUUUGUUCUCCCUGAUGGUGUUUCCGGUAUUGACUUGGUCACCAUGUCCUACUCCCUGUCCAUGAUCCCCAGCUACUACUCUGUUAUUGAUAAAAUGUCCUCGCUUCUUUCCAAGGACGGUAUCUACGGUGUUGCCGACUUUUACGUCCAGUCUUCUGCCUCUAUGAUGGGCAAGUCCGGCACUGUUGGUGGUCAAGUCCUUCGUCAUGUCAACUGGUUUUCUCGCACUUUUUGGAGACUGUGGUUUGAGUUUGACCAGGUCUACUUGGAUUCUGCUCGCAGAGAUUACCUCGAGUAUAAGUUGGGCAGUGUCAAGUCCUUGAACUUCCGCAACAAGGCUUUAGGUGGCAUCCCUUAUUAUGUCUUCAUUGGUACUGAAAAGGAUUACUCUUCUGAUAUUACUAACCGUAUUAAUGCUGCUGCUACUGAAUCUCCUUACCUUGCUCCUGUUUCUCCCAAUGUGUCUAUGCAAAACCUUAAAGGAGCUACUGAAAAGCAAGUUGCCGAGAUUCAGUCUAAGGGUUAUCAAGCUGCCAUCAUCAACAUGGAGCGCAACUGCCCCUAUCCUUCAUUUUUCUAUCAGCGUGAGAUUUGGCGUAUUUACUACGACUUUGAUCAACCAAAGUACAACCAGUUUGCCGGACAAUAUAUCUACGCCUUUACUUGGGAAGACCCUCGCGAAGACAUUGCCAUUUUGAACAUCCAGCCCACAGACACAAUGCUGGCCAUUACCUCUGCUGGCGAUAACAUUUUGGCAUAUGCUUGCAUGGACAAGGCUCCUCGUAGAAUCCAUGGCGUUGACUUGAACCCCCACCAAAAUCACUUGAUGGAGCUCAAGCUUGCAUCAAUGCGUGCUUUGGCAUUUGAAGACGUUUGGAAGAUUUUCGGUGAGGGCAAGCACGAAGGCUUUAUGGACCUGUUGUCAAAGAAACUUUCCCCACACAUGUCAUCACAUGCUCUGCAAUACUGGAUGCGUGUGGGCCCCAAGACAUUCCAAGGACAGGGCCGUGGAUUGUAUGAUACCGGAUCUACUAGAUGGGCUCUGCGUAUUGCCCGCUGGGUGUUUAAGCUUGCUGGUGUUGAGCGCGAUGUUGUUGAGCUGUGCGAGAGCAAGACCAUGGAGGAACAGCAGCGUAUUUGGAAGGAGCGGGUUCGUCCUGCCUUGUUUAAUCCUGUUGUAACUCGCAUUUUGGUGGCUAACCCUGUAUUUUUGUGGAAGGCUUUGGGUGUUCCUCUCAAUCAAGCAUCAAUGAUUGACGGUGGUAUUUUGCGUUACAUUAUUGAUACUAUUGAGCCUCUGAUUUCUCGCAGUUUGAUUUCUACAGACAAUUACUUUUACUACCUGUGCUUGAUGGGACGUUACUCUCGUGACAACUGCCCUGAUUACCUGACACGUGGGGGGUACAGCAACCUGGCCAAGCGCAAGAGUGCUUUGGACGGCAUUCGUCUGCACACUGAUACCAUCAACGAUGUUGUUGAGCGCAUCAGACCUGGAAGUGUUAACCAUGCUAUUGUUAUGGACCACAUGGAUUGGUUUUCUCCUACUGGUACCGAUGCUCGUGAUGAGAUCCGUGCACUUAAUAAGGCUCUUGCGACUGGAGGCAACGUGAUGCUCCGUUCCUCGUCGACACAGCCUUGGUACUUGCGCGUUUAUGAGGAGGAAGGAUUUGAGUGUCGCCCUGCGGCUGUUCGCCGACCUGGCACUAGUAUUGAUCGCGUCAACAUGUACGCAUCGACUUGGGUGUGCACCAAGAAGUGGAGUUGUGAUAAGAGUCGGGUUGAAGGAGAGACUGAGGAAGAUGGUGAGAAGUUAAAGACUGAUAUCCGCAAGAACAGUGUGACUUCGUUGAAGAUUUAA